AUGGAAAUCAGUUGGUUCUACCCUUCCCUCACUCUCCUCCUCAUCUUCUUAAUCUCCCUCAAAUCAUUCUCAAAAAUGGCCAGAAACCAUAAACUCCCACCAAGCCUGGCCCGGGCCCUCCCGAUCCUUGGCCACCUCCAUCUCCUCAAGACACCCAUCCACCGCACUUACAACCGCCUCGCUGAGAAGGUGGGCCCCAUCUUCUCCCUCCGCCUCGGCUGCCGCCUUGUUGUAGUCGUCUCCUCCUCGGACCUCGUCGAGGAGUGCUUCACCCGAAACGACAUCGUCCUUGCAAACCGCCCCCGGCUGAUAAUUAGCAAAUACAUCAGCUACAACUACACCACACUAGCCGGCUCCUCCUACGGAGACCACUGGCGGAACCUCCGCCGCCUCACCACAGUCGAGGUCUUCUCCGCCGCGCGGCUCAGCGCUUUCAACUCCAUACGGCACGACGAGGUUCGGCUCCUGCUGCGGAAGCUCCACCACCGGGUCUCGUCGUCCUCCGGGGGCUUCGCGAGGGUCGAGCUCAGGUCCGGCCUGUCGGAGCUGACCUUCAACAACGUCAUGCGGAUGGUUGCCGGGAAGAGGUACUUUGGGGUGGACGGCGGCGAUGAGGAAGCCAGGGAGUUCCGGGAGCUGAUCGAGGAGGUUUUCCGCAACGGCGGGGUGUCCCACCCGGUGGACUUCUUUCCGGUGCUGAGGUGGAUCGACUACAAUGGCUUCCAGAAGAAAUUGGUAAGGAUGAGCCGGAAAAUGGACGCCGUGUUGCAGCGGUUGAUCGACGAGCAGCGGCGGAGCAAGGGCGGGAACACCAUGAUCGAUCACCUGCUUUCCCUGCAGGAUAAGGAGCCUCAGUACUACAACGACACCACCAUUAAAGGGAUUAUUCUGAUUAUGCUGCUCGCUGGGACUGACACUUCAGUAGUGACCAUAGAAUGGGCCAUGUCCGCCCUACUCAACAACCCUGACAAACUGCACAAGGCCAAAGUCGAGAUCGACAAUCUGGUCGGGAAAGGUCGCCUGAUCGACGAGUCCGAUUUAUCCAACCUCCCUUACCUUCAAAACAUCAUCUCCGAGACCUUCCGAUUGUUCCCAGCAGCGCCAUUGCUUUUACCUCACGAGGCAUCGAACGAUUGUACCAUCGGUGGGUACCAUAUACCACGUGGCACGAUCCUGAUUGUCAAUGCUUGGGCCAUUCACAGGGACCCCAAGAUUUGGGAUGACCCAACCAGCUUCAUCCCGGAGCGUUUCGAUGCCGGAGUGGCUGGACAGUCAAAGCUGAUAGCGUUUGGGAUGGGAAGGAGAUCCUGCCCGGGUAUGGGCCUGGCCCAACGUAUGGUGGGCUUGACCUUAGGGUCUCUGAUUCAGGGCUUUGAGUGGCAAAGGGUUGACGAGGCCUUGGUCGAUUUGGCGGAAGGGACCGGGACAUCGAUGCCCAAAGUGAUACCGUUGGAGGCCAUGUGUCGAUCACGUGAUGUGCUCAAGAAUGUGUUUGGUGGGGCAGUCUAA